CGCCAUUCCCGGUGUGACCACUGGAAGCAGACGUACGGCAAGACGCUCCUCACUGUGGCGCCAUUUAUUCAUCACUAAAAGGCCCUUCCCGGUUACUAUGGCACCAGAAAAACUUAAUUAAGGCAUUUAAGUUGAGUUACAUCUCCGGAAAAAAGAGAAAAGAUGUCGCGCCGGAAAGGUCUGAGCCAUGAGGAGAAGAGGCAGAAGAUGAUGGAGCUGUUCUACGAGAGGAAAGACUUUUUCCAACUAAGGGAGUUGGAGAAGCUGGGCCCCAAGGAGAAGGGUGUCAUAUCCCAGGCCGUGAAGGAUGUGGUGCAGUCCCUUGUAGAUGAUGGCAUGGUGGACACAGAGAAGAUAGGAACCUCCGUCUACUUCUGGGCAUUCCCGAGCAAAGCGACGAACAUACGGAAACGCAAGCUGGACGACCUGACUUCCCGGAUCAGUGACAUGGACAAGAGGCUCAAGACUUCCCAGAGCAAAGUGGAGCAAGCAAAGGUGGGGCGGGAGGAGGGUGAGGAGCGCAGCGAGACCCUGAGGCGUCUGAAGGAGCUGGAGGAGAAGAAGGAAAGCCUGGGCAAGGAGAUCCAGAAGUACAGGGACAGCGACCCGGAGGUGCUCGCCACCAUGAAGGAGAGCACCAAGGUGGCCCAGGCUGCUGUGAACCGCUGGACGGACAACAUUUUCUCCAUCAAGAGUUGGUGCAAGAACAAGUUUUUCAUCGAGGAGGAAGUCCUGAACAAACAGUUUGACAUCCCCGAGGACCUGGACUACAUCUAGGUACUGUUGUGUGUGAUGGUGCUGCCGCUGUGCCUUGGUGCUGUGUGCUGUGAUGUGUCUUGUCUUUGACACAGCAAUACAGAUACCCUUACUUUGGGGGCAUGAGGUUUUGUAAUGGAUAAGGAGUAGCUAUUUUGCACCUUAUGUGUUACUUGACUCACCACAUGAAUUCUUAUAGUUUUUUUCGAAUCUUCCAACAGUACAAAUAAAUUCCAUUGUUGUGCCUUGGUUUUC